AUGUCGCAACUCGUUGUCCCUACAGACUCGAGAAUUGUUAUGGCAGAGCAGAACGGCCACGAUGUGGUAAAUCUAACCCUGUCGGGCGGCGAUCCUUCGCUUUCCGACGUUCCUGCGAGCACCACCGACAAGAACACUGCUGGAGGGGACGAAGGGGAGAUAAACACUAUCGCUACAACAUCAGCCGAGACGAAAUCGAAAGUUGAAUCAAAAGAUCAGAAAAUGCGCACGCAAAUACCCACAGAAAGCAGCGAGAAGGAGAAUGGCGGAGACCAGGUUACGGCUGUGAGUGUUCUAGGUCAGACGCCGGAGCCUCGACUUACCACGACGCAGGAUGCGUUAAAGCAAGGUCCAGGCUUGGUGGCAGCAAAGGUACUUGAAAUAAAUGGGGUGACAUCUACAUCGGAUGGUGGGGAAGACUCGGCCUCUUUAGGCGGCUCGGAAUCCGAUGCCAGUCGAACAGAAAGCAGAGUCAACAGUCGUGCUGGGUCAACCAAACGGCCAGCUACAUUCAAGCCGGUCUCGUUUGCCAAAUUCUCUGUCCCCAAAGCACCGGGUACACCCCCGGUGACUAAAGUUCCGGAAAAGACACCUUUGUCCUCAGGGACUCCUUUGGGCACGCCGUUACAGAAUCCGCGGCCUCGUUUAGUCGCAAAGACAACAAGCAGUUUGCACUCCAUAUCGAAGACGGGCACAAGCGGCGCUAGGCUCGGUGGAGGACCCGAUCCCAGUCAGGUUUGGAAUAGAAAUCGACCGGUCCAACAGACGCCCCCAAAACAUCUCACUGACGAAGAGUUGAAGCAACAAUAUGGAAUUCAUAUGACUUCGAGGAUUCAAGAGGAUGGCGGGGGAACAGAAUCUAAAUGGGCUGAUAUUGAUGACGAUGAAGAUGACUGGGCUCCGGAAACCAUUGAAUGGAACGAUGGAACCAAGACCGACUUGAAGGCCGAAGCAGCUAACCCUGAGCCUGUCCCGACUGCUACACAAACGACCACGACAAAAGCAACGUUUGAGAGCAAGGAAGGGCUUCCGCCAGUGGAACAAACCCCUUCGAUCAAGGAACCCUCAAAAUACAUUGCCAAGUCCGUCACUUCUGUAGGACCAAACCCUACAGUACUUAGGCUGGGAGCUAGUGCGGAGAGGCAAGCGAGAACUGCUGGUAUUUCUGCUAAGGGCCCCAACAAUGACAAAUUGCCGACGUCUUCUACGAGCCCGGCUCCUCCCGCCAAGUCACCUUGGGCCCCGAUUCCGCCCAUCGAAAAAGCCUCUCCGGUCAUACCUCCGGUUCAAGUUCAACCCGUAACACGGCCUCCUCUUAGGGAAAAGCCCAACGACGGCUUUAGUGCGCCUGUGGCUCCCAAAGAGAUUGCUGCAGAUGACUUCAAUCGUUCGUGGAAGGAAACGCAGCCGGGAACACGGGAGCUCUAUAACUCCAGAUCGGGACGUUACGAGCCUGUUCCCGAGCCGAGGAAAGGCGGCAACUAUCGAAAUGAGCAGAGCUUUCGCACACCAUCCGUGUUGCAACGACCCACGGCGCCAGGUGAGCACGCUGGGCCAGCAGAGCCUUCUGCUGCGUUCCAGACCCACAGGACGAGCGGUCAAGACGGUGGUCACUGGACUCGUCGCCGUACAUCGUCAAAUGUCAGCGGCGGAAGUGGAAGUUUCGGUCGGCGGAUGUCGAUUGGCCGACCUGAUUUGGUACAGAAGCCAUUUGAAGCCAGGCGUGGCUCCCUGGCAAAUGGAAUGGCUGAGCCACCAUUUCAAGCACGCGAACAUCAUCCGAUUGAGCCCCAAUUACGGGAUGUCUCCCCAAAGCGCCACGGGGCUGGCCCUUCUUGGCCUCCACGCGACUCGAUUGUUGCCUCUGAAAGAGUUCCAAGUGUCGCUGCUGGGGUAAACCAGGCUUCUACUGCUGAUGGACAGCCUAGAGUACCGCAACCACCGCAGGAGGACCCCGUUGCCAUGCAAGAAAGGAUCAUGAAGGAGAAGCGUUUGGAGGCCCGGCAGCGAAGACUAGAGCAAGAGGAGAAAGAGGAAGCUGCGAAACGUGAGAGGAUACGACAGAAGCUCGAGGCAUUGGGCCCGCCGCCCGAGAAACCAAAGGCAAAGAAUAAGGGAUCUCCAGAGGUCAGUAAGGUUGAGUCGAUAACUAGUGGUCCUGCUCUAUCACCACCGAAACCCCCAGUGCCAGAACCUACCGGGGCACCCAAACAAUAUGGCAUGAUGAAAGUCCAUCACCCUGAUACCGUGAAGAAACUCAUUGAGAGAGAAAGAAACCAAGAUAAGCCUGUCACAGUAACUAGCGCUAGACGUCCCUCCUCCCCAAGCCGGGAAGCCAAAGCAGAUGCUGUUACAACAAACGGACUCCAACCGUCACAUGGGCCGACAGGGCCAGUCGAAGAUAUACCUGCUGAGCAAAGAGUCGACGAAGAGAACGCCCAGUGGAUGGGUGGGAUGAAUGUACCCAACUACGCACCUUGGACAGCGAACAAGAAGCUUGUCGGCCCUGCGCCUCCUAUCACGAAUCCGUGGAAGCCUUUCACCAACGACAAAACGUUAGGGAAUGGCAUCUUCGACCAAACUCUGGUGGGGAAUUUUCCAGCACGGGACUUGGCUCUACGAAAUCCUCUCGGUUUGGACCACUCAUCCCUCCCUCCGAGCACACAACCAUUUCCCACAGCGACGCGAUCCGCCCAGGAGAGUACAACGAUAUCCCCUCUACCCUCGCCUGAAGCUAGACAUGCUUCCUAUGACACCUUAAGCCCAAUUGCUCGUCCAGGGCCCAUUGGUCCUCCCAGAGCGCAGCACCCCCAUUGGCAGAAUGAUACACGUACCGCUGCAUGGAAUGAUUUCCACGCAGUUGCCACGAAACGCGAGGCUGAGGAAAACGAGAAGUUGCGCAGUGAGAUGAAUGCUCGUGAAAGUCAGCCCUCACUUCAAAUCACAUUCAACGAAACCUGGCGACAAGUACGUUCUGGAGACCAGGCUGGACAGAGGCAAAUUGUCGGUGUCUCGAGAUCGACAGAGGGAAAUCCUCCACUAUCGAACCCCUUGACCAGUCUUGAACACCCCGUUGGCCCUCUUCCUUUCGUGGAACCGCAUGCACGCCCUCUUGUAAGCUUUCCUACUCGCAGCUCGCGGUUCUUCCCACAGGCCAUGGAAAACAGGAAACCGGCGUAUGAAGAGAUGGACUUCUUCCGAAGCCCUUCACCACCCCCGCCUGAAGAGAUCUCGACUCAUCCAGUCUACUUUGGCGACUCGAAUAGGCCUCUAGUGCAUCUUCCUGCACCAAAGCCAAUCGUCAAACUUCCUCCAAAGGUGGUCGUGCCGCCGCCUCCGCCACCCACUUUUGCCUCCAUGGUUGCUUCUAAUAUACGCCCUGGUCCCGCUUCAACCGCUACAAAUUGGCAGGAGAGAAUUAACACCCUCUUCGGUAAGAAAACAGCGCCGGAGAAAAGGAAUGCUCUGGCGGUUUCGUCCGCCUCAAAGGAGCCGCUCGAUGUGCAGCUGCAUGUCGCAGCAGUCUCAGUUUCGCUCCCUUACAAUGGGGAAACCCAACUCGGAGACGGCGAAUUGACUGCAAGACAAGUCGAGGAAGCGGAGGAAAUGUUUGAGGACCGUGAAGUUGGCUCCCUGCCAGUUGUCCGAGUUCCCACGAUGGCUCCUCCUGCCGCUUGGCGAGCUGCACCGGCACCAUCUCAAGCCCGGCUACGUGCUAAAGUUUUGAAAACGAUGCAAGUCCUUAGCGUUGAACCUUUCUGUGAUAAAGAUGCUUCGCCGGUCUACCAGAUCAUAAUUCGACCUCCUGGUGCGGUCGAAGCAAAGACCGUAGCCGCGCCGCGGAAACCAGGUUCCCAUUCCAAUCCUCGGUCGCGCGGACAGUCUACAUUUAAGCCACGUAAGAACAUCAAACCACGCGAUGGGACCAGUGGCUCAAACUUCAAGAAGGCUGCUUCACAGCAAACAAAUGGGAACAGUCAGACGCAGCGACAGCCGCGUUCAACUCAAUAA